AUGGCUGUCUACGGGAAAAUAGAAAAUUAUGAGUUCGAUAUGAACUGGGAUGAAUAUAUCAAAAGGUUGGAACAUUUUUUUACUGCCAACGAAAUCGAGGACGCUGAUAAAAUGAAGUCUAUAUUAUUAACAGUGUGUGGACAGAAAAUGUAUGGACCUAUUCGUAAUUUAACGUCCCCGAACAAGCCAGCAGACAAAACUUACGCAGAGUUGAAAACCUUGAUUGCCCAACAUUUAAAACCAAACCCUCUGGCUAUCGCCGAACGAUUCAGAUUUUAUCAAAGAAACCAGGGGAAACAGGAAACCGUAAGUCAGUACAUCGCGGAACUUAGAAAACUCAGUGAAUUCUGUGAAUUUGGAGAAUUUCUGAACCAGGCAUUGAGGGAUCGUUUAGUGUGUGGCCUUUCAUCGGUGGCUACUCAGCGAAAACUACUAGCAGAGGAUAAGUUAGAUUUAAAGAAGGCAAUGGAUGUAGCAAUUUCAAUGGAACUUGCCGAGAAUGAAGCUCGUAAAUUGAAAGCGGAUGUUCAAGAUGUUCAUGAACCCGAAUUCAUACACAAAGUGACUGUGAGGAAUAAACCAUGCUAUAGAUGCGGGAAGACAAAUCACAUACCAGAUAAGUGUUUUUAUAAAAGCAGUAAAUGUCACACAUGUCAUGAAAUGGGACAUAUACAGAAAAUGUGUUCAAAAAAGGAAACAGUGGAGCCUAAAAAACAAAAGAAGAAGUCAAAAUUGAACUUUGUGUCAGAAAAUCCAGAGUCAGAUCAUUCCGAGGACAACAGUGAGAAUGAACACUGGCCAAUUUUUUCAUUGUCAAGGGAGCAAGGAGGAGCCAAGGAGAUAAGGAUAGCUGUAUCACUGGAAGAUGAACAAAUAGAAAUGGACUUAGAUACAGGUGCUUCUGUCUCUGUGAUAUCUGAACAAUUUUAUGAGAAUAAGCUGAAGAGGAAAGUCAAGUUGCAUCCAAGCUCUGCAAUUCUGAAGACAUAUUCAGGUGAGAUAUUGGAAGUGUUGGGUGAAAUAAGUGUGAAUGUGAAGUAUCAAACACAGACAAAAACAUUACCUGUUAUCAUGGUUAAAGGAAGGGGGCCAGCCUUGUUCGGAAGAAAUUGGCUCCAAAGUAUAAAACUGGACUGGCAGUCAAUCCAUAUUGUGAUGGCAGAUGACUUGAAGAAGUAUUCUGUUUUUGACAACAAAUUAGGAUGCAUCAAAGGGAUCACAGCAACCUUAAAGGUUAAGGGUGAUGUACCACCAAAAUUCUUCAAGCCUAGACCCGUACCAUUUGCUUUGCGAGACAAGAUUGCUGCAGAAUUAGACAGACUUCAGCAAACAGGUAUCUUGGAGAAAGUUGAAUGUUCAGACUGGGCUGCUCCAAUAGUUCCAGCAAUGAAAGCAGAUGGCUCUGUGCGUAUAUGUGGAGACUUCAAGGUCACAGUAAAUCCAUACUUGGAUAUUUCAGAAUAUCCAUUUCCUACAAGUGAUGAAUUGUUCACAAAGCUCAAUGGUGGACAAAAAUUUUCAAAGCUUGAUUUGUCUCAGGCGUAUAACCAAAUUGUUUUGGACAAAGACUCUCGAAAGUAUGUGACUAUUAACACACACCAAGGACUCUAUCGAUACACUCGUUUACCUUUCGGUAUCGCAUCAGCACCUGCUAUUUUUCAGCGAACGAUGGAUACCAUUCUUCAGGGUCUGAACAAGGUCGGAUACAUACUUGAUGAUAUCCUUGUAACUGGAGCAAAUGACUCUGAACACAAGCAGAUUUUAGAAGCUACACUCCAACGUCUGGAUGAUUAUGGUGUGAAAUUACAGAAAUCUAAGUGCCAGUUUAUGCAGGACCAAGUGGAAUACUUUGCAUUUAUUGUGAGUAAGGAAGGAAUCAAGCCUUCACCAAAGAAGCUAGCAGCAAUUAAUAACCUGGAGGAUCCCAAGUCACGUAAGGAACUUCAGAUAUGGUUGGGAAUAGUGAAUUACUAUCGAAAAUUUGUCCCAAACAUGUCAACAAUUAGUGGACCACUUACACAUUUAUUGUCUCAAGAUGUUCCAUGGAAGUGGACCCCAGAGUGUUCUGAAGCUUGUGCCAAAAUAAAAGACUUGCUAGUGUCAUCUAAAGUAAUGGCUCACUAUGACCCCCACAAACCAUUGGAGUUAGCUGUUGACGCUUCUGGAUAUGGAUUGGGUGCAGUGAUAUCGCAUUCCGAUGGAUCAAAGGACAAUCCUAUUGCAUACGCUUCCAGAACCUUAACCACUGCAGAAAAGAAUUACUCGCAGAUAGAAAAAGAAGCCCUUGCUAUCAUCUUUGGAGUUACCAAAUUUCACGCGUAUCUAUAUGGGCGGAAAUUUACACUCAUUACCGACCAUAAACCGCUAACCACUAUAUUUGGACCCAAGAAAGGCAUUCCAGUCUUAACAGCUUCUCGACUGCAGAGGUGGGCGAUCCAACUGGCAGCUUACCAGUUUGACAUUAAAUAUCGCACUACAGGAAAACACCAAAACGCAGAUACCCUUUCACGUUUGCCACUUGCAGAGGAGAGAGAGUCAAGGACAGUAUUUGAUAGAGAAACGGAGUUGAUACACAGAAUACAGCUACAAAACUUACCUGUGACUGCUGAAAAAGUCGCAGCUGCAACAAAGAAUGACAUUGUAUUGUCUCGUGUGGUGGAAUUUACCAAAAGUGGUUGGCCAAGCUCACAACCAGACCCAAACUUGUUGCCAUUCUAUCGAAUACGCAAUGAAUUAACUAUUGAAGAUGGAUGUUUACUUCGAGGGAUCAGAGUGAUUAUCCCAGAAAAGUACCGACAAGAUUUACUGGCGGAGUUACAUGUCUCACAUCCAGGAAUGGUCAGGAUGAAAUCAUUAGCCAGACUUCAUGUAUGGUGGCCCGGUUUGGACUUUGAUAUUGAGACCAAAGUAUCUCGGUGUGACUCCUGUAGAGCUCAAUUACCCAACCUACCUAAAGCUCCAGCCAAUCCGUGGUUAUGGCCAAGUGCACCCUGGAAACGAGUACACAUUGACUAUGCUGGACCCUUUAUGCAGCGCAUGUUCCUAAUAGUAGUAGAUGCAUAUUCAAAGUGGAUUGAUGUGGUGAUGAUGACUUCUACUACCUCAGAGAGUACUAUCAAUGCUUUGAGAUACCUGUUUUCUUCAUAUGGGCUACCUGUAGAAAUUGUCUCUGACAAUGGACCCCAAUUUGUGUCCGAGGAAUUUGAAACAUUUUUAAAGGAGAAUGGAAUACGUCACAUUAAGUCUGCACCAUAUCAUCCUGCAUCAAACGGGGAAGCAGAAAGAGCCGUUCGUACUUUUAAACAAGCAAUGAAAAACAUGGCAAGUGAGACGGGAACGUUAAAUCAGAAAUUGGCAGUAUUUUUAUUGUCCUAUCGCACUACUCCGCAUACAACUACCAAUACAACACCAAGUGAGCUUUUCUUCAACAGAAAACUUCGUACAAGACUGGAUGUGGUGAAACCCCAAUUGUCUUACCAUAUCCAUCAGAAAUCACUCCCAGUUGAAAAGAAUACUCGAGAAUUCAAUGUUGGUGAUACUGUCAUGGUGCGUGAUUAUUGCGGAAACAAAGUCUCUUGGAUAAAAGGUACCAUCUCGAGAAGACUGGGACCAGUUACUUACCAUGUGAGUGUUUGUGGUAUGCUGUGGAAACGACAUGUAGAUCAGAUACGUACAUGUGAUGCCAUGUGUGAAUUAAGAGGUUCAGAGCCAGUAAAACCAAGUGUGUUCGACUGCCUGGUUCCCAUAAGUGCACCGUUGAAGAGUGGGGAGGAACCAUUCAACAAUACCGGUGAUGUCCUUAACUCCCAGGAUUCACUGUCUACUGAACCCUCUACCAGUGAUGACCGCAAACAUGAAAACAUCAGUCCAACACAACUCAGAUAUCCACCUCGUGAACGUCGCCAACCACAGCGACUAAUCGAACAGUGUUAA